AUGACGGCGACCGGAGCGGCUGUGCGGUGCGAGGUGUUUGGGCGGCAGGGCGACGGCGAGCUGGACGAGGUGCUGGCGUUCCUGCGCGGCUUCAGCGCGCUGUACGGCGCGGGUCUAACGCUGCACAGCGAGACGCGCGCCACCGCCGAGGAGGUAGGAGAACUGGCGGCGCUGGCGUUCACGACGCCCGGCGUCGUGCGCGUAGGCGACGACCCGGACGCGCUGCCGAACCAGGCUGAACAGAAUUCGCCGCAGCUGUUCGCGCGAGUGUCCACGCCGCAGCAGGAGCUGGUCGUGGUCGGCGCGGCGGCGCUCAAGCAGUGGAUGCGGCUGCAGCUGCUCGAGGCUCGGUACUCCGCUGCUGCUGCUGCUGCUCCAGAGGAGACUUCAGAGCGCGCGCCGCUGCGGCUCUUUGUGAGCGGCGACCGCGCGCAGGUGGGCAAGUCGACGACGUGUCUGGGACUGGUGGGCGCGCUGCUGCGUGAGGGCUACAAGGCCGAGGACCUGGCGUACAUCAAGCCGGCCACGCAGUGCGAGAAGCCGCAGCUGGUGACCAAGUUCUGCCGCCAGCAGGGCGUCGCGUGCUGCGAGGUGGGGCCCAUCCUCUUCUACAAGGGCUUCACGCGCGAGUUCCUGCGCGGCGAGACGGAGUCGGCGCCGCAGUUGCUGGAGAAGGCCAGGAAGAAGGUGGAAGAGGUGGGCACAGGCAAGAAGGUCGUCAUCGUGGACGGCGUCGGGUACCCCGCGGUGGGGUCCAUCUGCGGCGUGUCGAACGCCCACGUGGCCAAGAAGCUGGAGGUGCCCGUGGUGCUAGUCGGUAAGAAGGGCGUGGGUGACGCAGUGGACUCGUUCAACCUGAACGCGACGUUCUUCGAGAGCCACGGCGUCAAGGUGCUGGGCGGCAUCUUCAACCGCCUACCGGAAGACGGGUUUUACAGCCUUGAGCACUGCAAGGAGAACGUAACCGCCUACUUUGAGCAGUUCCAGCCCGACAAGCACGUCUACGGGUUCCUCCCAGAGCUGACUGAUGGCGGCCACAGUGCGCUGAUUGCGGAGAAGGGGAGUGAGGAAGGCCAGAGUGAGCCUGCACCCGGCGUAUUCCUAACAGCGGCGGAGGAUCAACUGGCCAAGAAGGUGGUGGAUGCAUUUGCCAAGCACAUCGACUUGACGAAGCUGUUGGCGGAUGCUAAAGUGUACCAGGGAGGUGCUGCUGCUAAGCUAGCGAGUUCAAGUUCCGCACAGACCCAGGCUGCGAAACCGAAGCCAAAGGCGAAGAAGCCGAAGCGCGCUCGUAACUUCGAGAUCCCGACAUCGUUCGAGACCGUUUCGCUCCCCGCGUUCGACUCGGUUGCUGCUCCUACCUCGCUAAACUCGAUUGAGAUCCCCUCGUCUACGGAGACAGUAGCGCUUCCGUCGUUCAACACCAUCGAGAUUCCCUCAUCCACGGAAACAACGGCAAUCCCUAGUUUUGAUACCGUCGAGAUCCCAACGUCGACGGAGACGAUGGCGCUACCUCCGUUCGACACGGUUGAAAUCCCGACGUCGACAGAUACCGUUCCAAUCUGA